AUGUUUAUUGGUAGACGUAGCCAAAGAUAUGAGCAACACGACGCAGUUUCUUCAAGCUACGUAUGUGUUCAUGGAGAUGAAGAAAUGAAGGAUCGACAAGAUGUUAACAAUGGUGGAUAUGAGGAAGAGGAGGAGGGGAGGAAGUUGAUGACGACGAAGAGAAGGGUGAUGAAGAUGAUGACAAUCUUAACAGAAAGAUCCCACAUAAAGGUGGUCAAAGGAGAGUUAUCUGGCGGCGGAGCUCAGUCUUCUGAUAGGGACACUGGUCUCUUAGACCACCUCCUGAAACAACUAGCUAACAAGGUGGUGCCAGGUGGCGAUUUAAGGUUUCGAAGGUCACACAACGCUGUCGGAGCAAUGGAACAUUGGCUUCAAAGUGCUGAUCUUCUUAAAAUUAGGAAAGACGCCGGAGUUAAUUAG